UCUCAGGCGCCAGCCUGGCCCACCAUGGCACAGCGGCUCCAGGAUGAACUGGCUGCUUUCUUCUUUGAAUAUGACACUCCCCGAAUGGUGCUCGUACGCAACAAGAAGGUGGGCGUCGUCUUCCGCCUGAUCCAGCUUGUGGUUCUUGUCUACGUCAUUGGGUGGGUGUUUGUCUACGAGAAGGGCUAUCAGACCUCAAGUGGCCUCAUCAGCAGCGUGUCUGUGAAACUCAAGGGUCUGGCCGUGACGAAGCUCCCAGGCCUGGGCCCCCAGGUCUGGGAUGUAGCUGACUACGUCUUCCCAGCCCAGGGGGACAGCUCCUUUGUGAUCAUGACCAAUUUCAUUGUGACCCCCCACCAGGCUCAAGGCUACUGUGCAGAGCACCCAGAAGGGGGUACAUGCUCAGAUGACAGUGGCUGCACUCCAGGGAAGGCAGAAAGGAAGGCUCAAGGCAUCCGCACAGGCAAGUGUGUGGCCUUCAACAACACUGUGCAGACGUGUGAGAUCUUUGGCUGGUGUCCUGUGGAGGUGGAUGACAAUGUCCCACGUCCUGCCCUUCUCCAAGAGGCCGAGAACUUCACUCUCUUCAUCAAGAACAGCAUCAGCUUUCCACGCUUCAAGGUCAACAGGCGCAACCUGGUGGAAGAGGUGGAUGCGGCCUACAUGAGGACCUGCCUCUAUCACAAGAUCUUGCACCCGCUGUGCCCUGUGUUCAAGCUGGGCUAUGUGGUCCAAGAGUCAGGACAGAAUUUUAGCACCCUGGCUGAGAAGGGCGGGGUGGUCGGCAUCACCAUCGACUGGAACUGUGACCUGGACUGGCAUGUGCGGCACUGCAAACCCAUCUACGAGUUCCAUGGACUGUAUGGGGAGAAAAACCUGUCUCCAGGCUUCAAUUUCAGGUUUGCCAGACACUUCGUGGAAAACGGGACCAACCACCGCCACCUCUUUAAGGUGUUUGGGAUUCGCUUUGACAUUCUCGUGGAUGGCAAGGCUGGGAAGUUUGACAUCAUUCCCACAAUGACGACCAUUGGCUCUGGGAUUGGCAUCUUUGGGGUGGCCACGGUUCUCUGUGAUCUGUUGCUGCUCCACAUCCUGCCCAAAAGGCACUACUACAAGCAGAAGAAGUUCAAGUACGCGGAGCGCAUGGGGCCAGGGGCGGGUGAGCGUGACCCCGCAGCCACCAGCUCCACCCUGAGCCUGCAGGAGAACAUGAAGGCAUCCUGACCCUCAGCCCCUGCCUCCUGACUGGACACAGCAUGAGGCUUCAGGCAGGGGCCCUGCUGGGGGCCCAGGACAGAACGGUCUCCGCAGGAGCUCUCCACGCUCUUAGCCAGGCAGACACUAGGCCUCGGCAGCCCAGAGGGGACACUGGGAGAGACCUGAGCAAGUCUGGGCUCCGGCCCCAACUCCACCACCCCCAGAGGGAGCUUCACACCAGCCUCAGCCACUCCUGGUCUAGAGGGGCUGGGGCUGGGCAGGGCUCCUCUCACACCCCUCCGUCAGAGCUGUGUGCUUCUCUCUGGGCCCUCAUGCACCGCACUGCCUCGUGUCUCCAGAUUCAUGCUUUCCCAUAUGGCAGACACUAGCCACGAUGACCACUUAAAUUUAUAUUAAUUUAAACUGAAUAAAAUAAAAAAAAUCAGUUCCUAAAACUAGCCACAUUACAACUGCUAAAUAGAUACAUGUGCCUAAUGGCUGCCAUAUUGGACCACAUGGACUAUUGCAGAAAGUUCUACUGGACAGCUCUGCUUGAGCCCUGUUUCUUACUGGCCCCAGAUUUUCCUAGGGAGCUUAUCAACAGUGCAGGCACCCGGGUCUACCUCAGAUCUCCUGAACUAGAAUCUCUAGGGCUGGCCACAGAUAUGCAAGGAUGGCAAACUCCCCAGGCCAUUUCAAAGACUAAAGUUUAGGAACCAUUCCCGAUUGGGUAUCAGAUUUAGCCUGGGCCUGCCUGACCUGGCUGAUGCAGGUUUUGAGUAGGUGUGUGGUAUACCUACAAGUCACAUGGUCUCACGUACACACCCCCAUGUACAUGAACACACUCAUCGGCAUGCACACCCCCCUCCCAUCCACACUCUGGUUUGGAACAGCUUGGGCCCUGCAAACACAACCAUCUGAAUGUACCUCUGCCCUCAAGUACAGACACAUGGUCCAUGCCACAAUACCUCCAUGGAGAUAUGCAUCUCCCUAAGUGUGUCAGGCCAGGAAAGUCCCUUCAAGCCAUGAAUCCUCACUCAGCUACCUUGGGUUGGGUUGGAGCCCUGGCCAAAUCCCGGGCUCCCUGCUUGUGGCCCAGCCUCAGCACCUAAGGCCUGCCCAAUUCUGUCUGAACACAAGGUCUGGGGAAAGGGAGUGGUGGAGUACAAUAAAAGGAGGACAAACUUCUGCCUUCUGUACUUUUCCCCACUUUUCCCCUCUGAAACUAGGUGUCCCCAUCUGUGGAAUGCGGGGCUGAGCUGAGAGAUCUUUGAGGUCCUCUGGAUCUCUUGGUAGACAGUGGUGAGUCGCCACUUAGGCCCUGAGCCCAGCAGGGUCAGUGCUGGAGAUCAGCUCACCUCUGUCCAUGGGCCACUGUACCCAAACAUUGGAGCUCUUUCUGGUCCUCCAUGUACCCCUCCCACAGCUUUGAGAGGCCUGGCACUCAGACAGCAGACACUCUCUGGAGCGGCCUCAGGAAAGCAGGAAUAAGAAUGGGGCUGGCUGCUCCAGGAGAGAGACCUGAGGGAAUCUCAACGAGGGGAGGAAGGUCUUGAAUGGAGAUAGUGUGGAAGGAUUUUCCAGGGGCCCUGCGGUGGGCAAGACCUGCAGUCUGGACCUAUGGCCAGGCAGGGUCUCUGGGAACCCCCCCAUCACCACACUCUAUCUAGACCAGUGCUGUCCAAUAGCAAUGAUGGAAACAUUCUCUAUCUGUGCUUCCCAAAAUAGUAUUCACUAACCACACGUGGCCACUAAAUACUUAAAAUGUGUCUAGUGUAACCAAAUAACUGAAUUUUUAAUCUUAUUUACUUUUAAUUAAUUUAAAUCACCACGCGCGGCUAGUGGCAGUAAGAAACGAUACUGGACAGCACAGGCCAGCCCCCUCCCUGUCCUUCAGGCCCUUGACUUUCUGCCCUCUUCCCCAGCUAAGAACCAUCCUUCGGAUUUUACAGGACAGGAACUCCCUCUUCUUCCCUCCCUUUGUUCUUCAGUGCUGCCUGCUUUUGCACCUCCUGCCCCCUUCCUUCCUG